GAAAUACGUUGUACUGUCAUUUAGCUGCUUAGUGUCAGGGAUUCACAGGGUGAGGUCAUUGUGGAGGGAAACAUUGUAGCAGGCUGCCUGAGCUCCUAACGCUACAGUCAGGCUAUGCUCAGUGUAACUUGCGAGCCCCUCUCUGUGUUACUAAUGUUACACACUGCAGUUUUCAAAAAGCUAGAUUAUGAAUAUGUCCUCUUGGUGUGUGUGCGCGCACCGUUUUGAAUGCAUUAACUAGCUUGGUAUUAGCACGCGCAAAAAAGCUCCACUUCUAAAUGGAACUCGGAGAUUUGAAAAUGCAGCUGAGUGGAACACAUGUCGAUUGAGAUUUUUUUAAAAAAACGCUACGUAGCUAAAAAUAAACAACAUUAACUAGCGAAAUAAUCUGGUUACUUGGAGAGUGUUUCUGUGUUGUUUUGCAGCUGCUGUUAGCUCGCUAGCUAACAGUGUCAGGCUGGUAUGUUUCAUUGUUUGGAGAGAGGAAGCAGCAACGCUAACGUUAGCUAUGUUCGACUGAAUUUGGACCGUUGGCUAACUAACGUUAACUGUUAGAUGUAAACUUGAACAGCAUCUGUCCCAGCAGUGGCCCUUGGCACAAUGGGCCUUGACUUUGACGUAAAGACGUUCUGUCACAAUCUGCGGGCCACUAAGCCCCCUUACGAGUGCCCUGUGGAGACCUGCCGUAAGGUCUACAAGAGCUACAGUGGCAUCGAGUAUCAUCUCUACCACUAUGAUCACGACAACCCAACUCCUGCACAGAGCAUGCCCCAGAAGAAGAGGAAGGGACGGCCUCCACGCGUGUCACUGCUGGGCUCAGGGGAUGGGGAUGGAGGCGGAGGUAAGGGAGGUGGGCCAGGGCAAGGAGGGAACACCCCUGGCAGUCCCAGCCGCUCUGAGCGUUCUCACUCUCCAGGAAGAGAGACAAUGACCUAUGCCCAGGCGCAGCGCAUGGUGGAGCUGGAGAUCCAAGGACGCAUCCAUCGCAUCAGCAUCUUUGAAAACAUUGAUGUGGUGUCAGAGGAGGACAGUGAGGCAGAGGACCCUCCAUCCUCUGGCACUGGCGGUGGUGUGGGAGGGGCGUGUAACGGCGGAGACAGUGGAGUGGGAGGCAGUGAAGCAGGAGGCAAUGGCAAGGACAGGCCAGACACCCCAGCUGCUAAUGGGGGCAAAGCCACUCCAAAGUCUGGGAAGCAUAAGAGUAAGGAGAAGAAGAAAGAGGGAUCAUCUCAUCACCACAGCGCUCCGUCUGGACCUGCAGUCAAACUCCCUGAGGCGGUGUUCAGAGAACUGGACCAAGAGAGACCUGACGCCCCUCCACGGCCCUCAUCUUACUACAGGUAUAUUGAUAAGUCUGUGGAGGAGCUGGACGAGGAGGUAGAGUAUGACAUUGACGAGGAGGACUACAUCUGGCUCGACAUCAUGAACGACAAGCGCCGCAGUGAUGGUGUGACGCCCAUUCCUCAGGAGGUCUUUGAGUACCUGAUGGACCGCCUAGAGAAAGAGUCCUACUUUGAGAGUCACAACAAGGCUGACCCCAGCACUCUGAUUGAUGAGGAUGCUGUAUGCUGCAUCUGUAAUGAUGGAGAGUGUCAGAACAGCAAUGUGAUCCUGUUCUGUGACAUGUGCAACCUGGCUGUGCACCAGGAGUGCUACGGUGUGCCCUACAUCCCAGAGGGCCAGUGGCUAUGCCGCCGCUGCUUGCAGUCGCCCAGCAGAGCUGUGGACUGUGCCCUCUGUCCCAACAAGGGAGGGGCCUUCAAACAGACAGAUGAUGCUCGUUGGGCACACGUGGUGUGUGCCCUCUGGAUCCCAGAGGUCUGCUUUGCCAACACAGUCUUCCUGGAGCCAAUUGACAGCAUUGAGCACAUCCCUCCUGCACGCUGGAAGCUCACUUGCUACAUUUGCAAACAGCGAGGCUCAGGCGCCUGCAUCCAGUGCCACAAGGCCAACUGUUACACCGCCUUCCAUGUCACGUGCGCCCAGCAGGCGGGCCUCUAUAUGAAGAUGGAGCCUGUGAGAGAGACUGGAGCCAAUGGCACCUCCUUUAGUGUCCGCAAAACAGCUUACUGUGACAUCCACACACCACCAGGCUCAGCACGGCCCCUAGGAGGAGUAGGAGGGGCCAGCAUGGGUUCUUCCCACAGCGAGGGGGAGCUGGAGGAGGAUGACGAGACCAGUAUCGGCCAUGAUGAUGACUCCAAGGGCUGGAGCUCUGAGCGAGCCAAGAGAGCAAAGGCAAAGUCCAGACUGAAGAUGAAGAGAGCUAGGAAGAUCUUGGCUGAGAAGAGAGCUGCUGCACCAGUGGUGUCUGUGCCCUGUAUACCACCCCAUAGGUUGAGUAAAAUCACCAGUAAUUUGACAGUACCUAGGAAGAGCCAGUUUAUGCAGCGACUUCACAGUUACUGGACCCUGAAGAGGCAAAGUCGCAAUGGUGUACCUUUGCUGCGCCGCCUGCAGACACACCUGCAGUCACAACGUAACAUCGACCAGAUGCCACAGCAGCCAGCAUCACAGCUUCCUUCGAGGGACAGUGAGGAGAAGCAAUCCGCUCUGAAGGAGCAGCUGAAGGCUUGGCAGAGGCUAAGGCACGACCUGGAGAGAGCCAGGCUGCUGGUGGAGCUCAUCCGCAAGAGGGAAAAAGUCAAGAGGGAGACGAUUAAAAUGCAGCAGAUGGUGUUAGAGAUGCAACUCACUCCCUUCCUGGUGCUGUUGAGGAGUACAUUGGAGCAGUUACAGGAAAGAGACACCAGCAACUUUUUCACUGAGCCUGUACCUCUGGCAGAGGUGCCAGACUACCUGGACCAUAUUGACACUCCCAUGGACUUCCAAACCAUGUGGAACCUGCUGGAGUCCCAUCGCUACCUCACUUUUGAGGCCUUUGAGGCUGAUUUUGGCCUCAUAGUCAAUAACUGCCUCAAAUACAACGCCAAGGACACAGUCUUCUAUCGCGCUGCCCUGCGGCUCAGAGAGAUGGGUGGGACUGUCAUAAGGACCGCACGGCGCCAGGCUGAGCGAAUUGGCUUUGACUAUGAGACGGGCAUGCACCUUCCCCGAGAGUCCAGCCCAGACAGCCAGCAUGAUCGAGAGAGAGACAGAGAGAGGGAACGGGAGCGAGACAGGGAGAGGGAAAGAGAGAAAGAAAGAGACAGGACAUUGUCCUCCAAUGAGGAUGACCUGCUUUUACCAGAGAACCGGCGACGACUGCCAUUGGAGGAGCAGCUUCGUUUCCUACAGGCGCGUCUUGAGGAGGUCAGUUCUGGGAAGCACAGCAUUGGUCAGUCUCGCAGGGCCAAAGCCCUAAGAAAAGAAAUGACCGUCAUCAAGAGGAAGCUGGCGCACCAGCGGGAGGGCGGCUCUGGUUUGGGAGCCAGGGAUUCUCUGGGAGGAGGAGACCGUGGUUCCUCCCUCCCACACCUCCCCUCCUCAACUGGACGCCAUGAUGAGGGGGGCGAGAGCAGUAGCCAGGAGAUUGGUGGCAAGGACCUGAGUGUGUCCUCAUCAGCCUUGGCUCCAGAAGUGGGCCGUCGGACCUCUGUACUCUUCUCCAAGAAGAACCCCAAAACAGCUGGGCCUCCCAAAAGGCCAGGCCGCCCCCCAAAGAACCGGGAUGCAGGCUACACUGGGACGGGGAUGAACCCUAGCCCUAUUGGGCCCCCCCAGCUUCCCCUGCUGUCACCAUCCAGGCAGAGAAAGAGACCCCGCAGCCCCCACAGCAGCUCCAGCUCUGAAAGUGACAGUGACAAUGACGACCUGCUGCCUGGUUUGCCAAGUAAUGGUUUUGAUGGAGGGAAUCAGCCAGUAACGGAGAGCUUCCGUGUGUACAGAAAUGAGCGGAGCCUCCCUCGUUCCAGCUCCGACUCUGAGUCCACAACCAGUAGCAGCAGCAGCGCAGCUUCCGACAGGACCAGCACCACUCCCUCUAAGCAGGGCAGAGGCAAGACAUCCUUCUCUCGCUCAGCCUUCCAGGAAGACAGCAGUGAGGAAACAUCAGGCACUGAAAAUGACUCCUACUCUGUCGGCGGCUCACGAGGCGUUUCACACUUGGUGCGGGGCCGGGGCCGAUCUGGAUGCUGGAUGACAUCUGACGACUACUCAUCCCUGGAUGCUCUGGAUCUGGUGUGGGCCAAGUGUAGGGGUUAUCCCUCCUAUCCUGCUCUGAUCAUUGACCCCAAGAUGCCCAGGGAGGGUGUGUUCCACCGGGGUGUCCCCAUCCCUGUGCCCCCCUUGGAUGUACUGAAGCUCGGGGAGCAGAUGACCCAGGAGGCCAGGGAGCACCUGUUCUUGGUCCUCUUUUUUGACAACAAAAGAACCUGGCAGUGGCUUCCACGCUCUAAGCUAGUACCCCUGGGAGUGGACCAGGAGCUGGACAAGGAGAAGAUGCUGGAGGGCAGAAAGUCCAACAUCCGCAAGUCGGUGCAGGUGGCAUACCACCGUGCCAUGCAACACCGCAACAAGGUGCAGGGAGACCCCAGCAGUGAGACCAGUGACAGUGACUGAACACACAAACACACACACAUACACACACAGACGCAAACCUCAUGCGUUGGUCAGGUGUUGAUGUGGUGUGUGGGAUGUGUCUCAGUUUAGAGCCCAGCACUAUAUCCCAGACCACAAGGAACAGUGCCAGUAGCACCAAGUGGAAAGCACAUCCACUACAUAGGCCCCAAGAUGCACACACAAGUACACACACACACACACAUACACACAUGCACGCACCUUGCCACAUACAGCCGUAUUUAAUCUGACAUGUAAAAUAUUGUAUUUAAGAGAAUUGAAAAAGGGUAUUAAUAAUGAUAAUGAAAAAAAGAUAAUAUGUCCAGAAUCAUGAUUCAGAAUAUUCCUUGUAUGUGGUUGACAUGAUGUUUAUGAACAAACAAAAUUAUGGUCUAAAUACACAAGAAAUGAACCUAGUAUUACACUAUGAUGCAUCCAUGCAAUCUGUGGCUCUCCCUGUCAUUCUCACAUAUACACAUACAUUCACACAUGUAAUUUUACCUAACAGGGAAAUGCGUAUACUGUACAUUCAAGUGCACACACUUUGAGUGUGGCUGCAAAUGCCAUCACUCGAGCAUGUGUUCAUGUCAUCCACACCCCAGGAACCCCGGUGCUAGUGUCCAAUCAUUUGACAGAGGAGCACAACGUGAGACUGCACACAGCCAGUCAACUGUGAGCAAACCAACUUCCUUUUUAUUUAUUUUGCUUACUCCUCUUACCAAGGUCCAUAGACUUGUUUCAUUGUGGACUAUCACUAAUCACUCCAGCUACACAUGGCAACAUUGUGCAGUCCUUUCGUCCAUCAUUUUGUCUGUAUUUAUCCCGUCUUCUGUUUCUAUGUUUUUGUUAAAUGUCUGUCUGUGUCAUGCAGGCUACUGGUCAAUGAAUAAUGAAGACUAAUUGAAACACAUGAUCGCCUCACUGUCUGUCUUAGUCUCAGGCCGAUGGCUUUAGAACUUUUAUAUAUACAGAUUGCAUAAAGAUAGAAGUUUAAUAAAAAAUAAUUGAGUUUUUUACA